AUGGUGUCUGGCGCGGAGAAGCACGACCGCUGGGUCCAGUGCGACAAGUGCGACAAGUGGCGUCGCCUGCCGGGGUGUACAGACACUGAGUACGCGGCGUUGAUGGCCAAUCCGCGGUGGCAGUGCAACAAGAACCGGUGGGACCAGGCCCGCGCGUCUUGCACCGCUCCAGAAGAAGAGGGCGACACUUGCGACUCGAGCCUCGAUGGCUUGCCGUCUUCCCAGCUACUGACUCCCGCGAAUGAGGCGGCGUGCCCCGUCGAUCCCCCGACGAUCCCUCACUCAGCGCGCGGACCGCGCCUCGGCGACGCGGCCAGCGCAGCGCUCGCGUCUCCGGGGCUGUUUCUCGAAGAGAAGUCUCUGGCGGCUUCGGUCCCAGCCGUCUCGGGAUGGGGACGACGCGGAGGCAGCGCGCCGGCGAUGCGGGGAGGCGUCAGGGGCGGGAAAAGCUCUCGAGGCGGGCGACGACAGAACUCGCUGAACAGCGACGGGUUCGUGGCCGUGUCCUAUCCUGUGGAGGAGGCAGAAGACGGUCUCGCGGGGCUCACGCCGGGUCACGUGUCUUCCCACGCGCCUUUCCGCGGCCAAGACGCAGACUUUGCGCCUUUCGAGAGCGAAGAAGACGUUUUCGGACGAGAUGCGUCGCCGAGCCGCUGCUCCCAGGCUGCGUCUCUCUUCGAAGGACACGCCGGGACUUCCGGAAAACGGCGGUUCAAUGUCGCAGCGGCCCAGCGAGGGAAAAAACGGAAGUGCGACGAGACGCCCGACGGCGGGGCCGGAGCGGAGACACCCGCUGAGGCGAACGCGGUCCCCUAUGAGGAGACGGGGCUGCCGGUUUUGGCGACAGCCGGAAACGCGGGAAGAGCGGCUUCUUUAAUCCCGUCUGCGCUUCAACCCAAGGGCCAAGCGUCCGGGCUCGGCGGCGGAUCGGCAGGACAGCCUUUCUCGGCCUCAGGUCCAUCGACGUGUUCGCCUUCUCUUUCCGCUUCUCUGUCAAAUCCAGCUUCUGCCUCGGGUGCACGUGAGCCGCGUCUCGGCUCUCCAGAGCGGAUGGCGCCGACUUCUCCCCCCUUUCCUUCUCUCGAGGCCUUGGCUUCUGGCGGGCCCUCUUCUCGCAUGGAGGAAACUGCCCAUGCACUCGUUCAGUCUCUCGCUGCCGGUGGGUUGAUUGAUCGCGAGAACCUGUCGCAUUUGCUCGCUUCGCUUUCUCAGAAACCGAACGGAUCGCUGGCCUGGGCCAGAGGGAUUGACCUUUCUUCGUCGCUUCUCUCCUCAGCGCUUGCCUCGCAUCUUCGCAACGCCGCGCCUCCUGCCGUGGGAGACGCAAACGACAACAAGACAGGGGAUGCUUCCAAGCAAGGCGACGGUCCAGCGCGCGGCGUUACCGAUCCGCUGGCGACUCCCAGCCUCCCGAACUCCGCUUCUCUCUUGCUGGGAUCUUUGGCCCGCGGGGAGAACUGGCUGUCUCGGCAGGUGCCGGGUGCGGGUGUCAGAGCGUCCCAGCCGCCGUCCGUCGGGCGGGGACUGAAUCUCGCGAAGGCCCCAGAGACGCCAGCCGGCGCGAACACGCAGCGCGCUCCGCAGUUUCCUGUCUCUAGGCAGACUCCGGUUCCCGAAGGCGAAGGCUCCCUCGAAACCCACCACGCGACACAAGCCACAGAUGGGAAGGGCGUCGCAGAGGCGACCAGCGCUGCAGUGGACAACUGGGUUCAGUGUGAAGCGUGCAAGAAGUGGCGACGGCUGCCCGCGAGCGUCGACCCCGAUCGUCUCCCAGACACCUGGCUGUGCGCGAUGACUUUUUGGGACCCUCUCCACGACUCGUGCGAGGCGCCGGAAGAAGAUUACCGAGACACCGUGGCGACGCACCCCGCCGAGCUCUCGACUGCCUCGCCCGGCGUCGCCGUCGCUGCACUCGCCAAUCGGCGCGCUUCAGUUCUCGGAGAGGACGCGACACUCAGCAGAGCCUCUCUGUCGGAAGAGGCGCUCGCGAAGCUCCUGCAGGGGAUGAGCAAAGCGAGCCCUGGGCAACUGGACCUCGCCAGCAUCAAGUCUGCUCUCGGCGGCCGUGCGGCGGGCGGCGAGGGGCGAAGUCUGAGCCCACCCCUCAAGGCGCAGGAGAGAGACGGGUUCGACGAGCGGAAGGCAGGCGCAUUCGACAGGCUCUCGGGCGGCUCUGGAGUCUCGUCGUCUCCAAAGAAGCAGGACCUCGCUUCGUCGCUCGCGCACACGCACAACACGGCGGCUGGUGCCUUCGGGGGCGUGGGCCAAGGAGGCGCGGGGGUGUCUCCUUUCGCCGGCGACCGGCUCCAGGAGCCCGCGAGUCUGUGCGACAAACUCCCGGCCCACCAGACGCCUGGGGGGCGAGGCAGACGGGCGAAGGGAGAACUGCGAGGGAGGAAAGAAGACGAAGACGGCAGGCGGGAAGAAGACGGAGACGGAACAAGGUCGAGAGACAGAGACGACGUCUGGGAUCCGAAAGCCCUCGGAGGUGCAUGCAGUGGACGGAGACAAGGUCUAGGCCACGAUUUAGGUGCGUUCUCCUCCGCCUGGAUGGCUCCAGGAGCGGCAGCUGCCUCUCCCUUCGCCCAGCUCGGCGGCGCGCACUCCGACACGUUGGCAGAUGGAGCUGCAGUGACGGUCUUGCGGAUUCCUCCUGCGGCGCGAGAGUCAGGUCAUCCUCUCGCCGACAGAUUGAUGCUUUACGCUGCAGAUGGGACUGUGGCGAGCUGCCUUGCAUGCGAGUUGCCUUUCCAAACGCUGCAGCUUCGUCUGUUGGAGGCGUAUCGCUACGAGACCCCGUCGCGGGGGGACGCCGCACUGGAUUUUUCGUUUGUCUCUGGGUUUUCCCCGACACCUACGACCUCGACGACGGGCCGGAAGCAUCGGGAAGCAUCUUCAGAUUUGAGUUCGUUUUCACGCGAGAACUCGCUGACAGGCUCCUCGCGCGAAGGGAAAGGGGCCAAGGCCUCGCCGCCCUCGUCCGCGCAUGCGCCGGGCAGAGCGUCCUCGCUCUCUGCUGACGGCAACCUCUUCCCGUUUUCGUGUCUGCAGCUGCUUUCUCAGUUGGGCGAGGCUCCGAGGCCGGACGGCCGGGACGACCGCGACGGUUUCUCGCUCGAUUUCUUGGACAGAAAGGGCGCGUGCGAGGCCCUCGGGAAGUCCGCGUUUGCGGCGCCGGAGACGGGAGACAGGGCGGGAUCUCUCGACGGGGACGAGGCGUACUUUUCGUUCCUCGAGAAGAACGUGAACAGCGCGUUUUCGAAGAACGCGUCGUCUCUGGCGUCGUCGAACGAGAUCUGCGUGAGUCUGGACUUCGCCGCCAACGUCCGCUGGCCCGGGCUGGAGACGCUGUCCUCGGACUCCGAGGAAGAAGACGCGAGGGGCGGACGAGAGGGCGGGCGGGGAAGAGAGCGAGAAGAGGAAGGAAAGUCUCGGAGGGUUGCGGUGGAAAGGCGCGAGAGUGCGAACAGAGCAGACGACCGGCGCCUGCGAUGCAUGCUCAACUCCGUGCGAGAGUUGGUGACGCUCUGCCCGUUGCUGGAAAAGCAGGUGGGAGCGCUGCCGAGUAGGAUCGCGAAGAGCGGAGAAGCCCAGGCGACGCGCGAGGGGUUUGAGGUGCGCAGAGAGCGGGAGAGCGGAAAACCUGGAAGGCAGAGGGACGACGAGCCGAAAACAGAGAGGAGAGAAGGCAGGGCGGGACGCAGAGACGACGAAAAGCGCGACGAAGACGAGCGGAGAGAAGUUGGCCGAGGGCGCCCCUUCGCUGUGUUGGAACUGAAAGACAUCAUCGGCUUGGUGUGCAUGGCGCCUGACGCGUGCGAAGGCGAAGAGGAAGACGAAGACGCCGGGCGGCGAGAACGCGACCGGAAAAAGAGAAAGAAGGGAGGCAACGAGGAGAAAGAAGAGAAAGAAAAAGAGGAAGAGAAGGGAGAGGAAGAGAAAGAAGAGCGAGAGGAAGAGAAAGAAGAGAGAGAGGAAGAGAAAGAAGAGAGAGAGGAAGAGAAAGAAGAGAGAGAGGAAGAGAAAGAAGAGAGAGAGGAAGAGAAAGAGAAAGAGGAGAUUGAGGACGAGGAAGUUGACGAGGACAGGAGAAAGGACUGGCGGAGGGAACGGAUGGAAGUCGAAGAGGAGAGAGAGAAAGCUGACGGGGCGGGAGAAGACCGAGGCCCGAAGCAGGGCGGGGAAGAAAACCGACGAGAGGAGACAUCUGAGCGAGAGGGUGGAGCGUUGUCUCUAAGGUCUGGAGAUGGAGGCGAGGAAGAGGGAAAAGAGACCGAAGGACUGCGGGAGGAGACAGCAAGUCGUGAGGCAGCCGAUGCAGAGGCAGUCUUGCACGAACAAGGAAAGGAAGAGAAGAGGGAAGGCGUGAAGGAGACAGACAACCGCGAUGCCAGCUUCGGACAGGGUGAAGAAGGCAAGCUCGAGAGGCCGAAGAAAGGAGACGGGAGAGCGCGAGAAACAGAAAGUGUGGAGCGGGAGCCAGAAAACGGAAGGGGUGAAGCGGAGGAGGAGACAGAAAACGGAAGUGAUGAAGCAGAGGAGACAGAAAACGGACGAGAUGAAGCGGAGGUAGAGACUGGAAACGGACGAGAUGACGCGGAGAUGGAGACAGUAAACGGACGAGAUGAAGCGGAGGUAGAGACAGGAAACGGACGAGAUGACGCGGAGAUGGAGACAGUAAACGGACGAGAUGAAGCGGAGAUGGAAACAGAGAAGGCUGGAGCUGUCAGAGAGGAGCACACCACUAAGGGGGGGGAAGAAGGAGACGCGCAAAAGCACCGGAAGGCAGAGGGCGAACAGGGAGAGGUCGCGGCUGAAGGAGGAGAGAAGGGCGAGGAGGCAGAGGGAGAGAGCACGAGAGAGGAAGACAAAUCAUGUAACGAGGCCGCGAUGAAGACGGAAGAGGAAAAGGAAGGAGCGGAACAGAGGAGCGAGCAAGGCGAGGGACACGAGGAAGAGACAGGGGAAGCGAAGGUGACAGUCCCCCCGGAUCCCCAGAAAGGAGACAGUUUACGUGUGCAGGACAGAGAUGAGAAAGAAGAUGAGCGACCGAACGAAGAAGACUGUCGUUCUUGUCCGGAUGGUGAACGAGAAGGAAAACGCGGGACAGAGAAGGAAACAGAAGCACACCCACGUUCCCAGAGUGCGCAGAAGAGGAAGCGCAGUGUCGUGUCGACUUCCAGUGAAGAUGAGAAGGAAGGAGGGAAAGCACGGGCCGGAAAGAGAGAUACUCAAGAAAGACAGUGUGGUUUGGUUGAGAAGAACGCCCUCUUGACGCGCGCCAGUUUGCGCGACACGUCUCCUGUAGCACCUGCCGACAGUCCACCCGAAGGCGCAAAGAUCCCGGAGAAAGACAGACAGAGAGACGAGAAAGAGAAAAAACCCACAGUUCCGGAGAUGCCUCUCUCUCCGUCUGUGUCAGACAAGCGGCAGACGAAAACACCAGCCUCCGAGAACGAAGACAGUGGUUCUUCCUUGUCGUCUCUCGGUUCCAGUACGCAGCAGAACCCCUCACGGACUCCGCCUUCCCUGUCUGCCAACAGCUCCUCUUCUCCCUUCUCUCCUUCCUCGUCUUCUUCUUCUUCUUCAGAGUCUCGACCAGCCUCGCUGAACUCGAGCAUGGCGGCGUUUCCCUCGAGAGGGCCGUUGCCUGCUUCGGGAGGACUGGAGUUUCCGUCGCUGAAGUCUGACCCACAGGGUGUCUCCGGCUCUACGGAGAGAAGAGACAGGGCGCCGUCGCUCUCUGAGGCCGGAGACGCCGGCGCGGAUGUGCGGCGCAGUUUGCCGAAUUCCCGCGUGGAGAAGGAGGAAGGCCCUCGAGGGCGAGACGAAGGCAGGGAGGAGGCGGCCGACUUGGGUGGCGCGAGUGCGAAGGCUCUCCUGGAGGCUCCACGAGAGCGGAACACACCGCCCUCGGCGUUUUCCGAGGGCGGGAAGCCCCCGGCUUCUUCGUCUUUGGGGAUUUCCCCGGAAGAACGCCGCUUCUCUCGCCACACGACUAGUGCGCGCGGCUCUUCUUCGCAGUCCUCUGCGUCUGUCUUUUCCACUUCGCCGAUGUCUUCUUCUGUCCCCUCUUCGCGGAGCUCCUCACCUUCCACCACCGCGAAGAGGACCUCACAGCAAGAGCGGGAGAGAACCACGAACGCUGCCUCGGCUGCGCUGUCAAAAUCCGGACUGGGCGACUCGAGUUGCGAGAACAAAUCGUCUGCGGUAUCUUCGCAGGGCGCGGCUUUUCUGAGUUCUGGAGAGGGACCGUCUGAGUCUUGCGACGAGUCGCCAGCGGGGAAGUUCCAGGGCGGAGACAGCGCAGCUUCAGGCGCAGUCAGUGGCGGCAGAGAGGCGGGCGAGGAGCCGGCAGGGAAGACCGAGAAAGACGAGCCCUGUGAGAAAGCAGACACCUCGAGGGACCGAACGGUGUGGAGAGUCCAUGGAGACGAACCGCGGGGUGGGGGCAAAAAGAGACAGGAGCGGAAGGAAGAUGAACAGAGAGGCGUCCCGAGGCCCUCGAGCCCAGUGGAAACGUUGUCGGGUGACCAAAGUCGGACGUCGUCGCGACAAGGCUCGCCGACCCGCAAAGGCUGGGCUCUGCAGCGCGAGAGGCGAGGAGACACCAGGCGAGCGGAAGACCGAGAGAGACAGGGAGACCGCAGCCGGUCGCCGUCCGAGCCGGGGUUGCCUCCGCCUUCGCCGAUGUCUUCGCCGCCUUCUCCGGGGCCUCGUGAUUCUGGCGGCCUCGCAGAGUCUCCGCGUUCGCUUCCAUCCUCGCCGUCCUCGUCUCUGCCGCCGGCGUAUCCCGCGGCGCUGCCUCCGCUCCCGCCCGGGAGGACUGCGCCUUUCCGUCCCUCUCCGUACUUCUCGCCUGCUUCCUCGCCUCACAGCUCGCCCCCGCCUCCGCUUCACCGGCCGGGGCCGAGCCGAGAAGAGCGAGGCGGGGAGGCUUCCUUUUCUUUUGGCUCUGCGCCGCCCAGCUCACAAGGCGACGGUCUCCUCGGGCCAGGGCGCCCCGGCACGCGACCGUCCUUUGACCGGCUCCGCCGGGAGAAGUGGCGGCAUCCCCCUUCCUUUUCGGGCCCUCGCCGAGGGGUUGCGCCUGCGCCCGAACCAGAAAGCGACGACUUUUCGAGCAGUUCUUUGAAGAACGCCGCGAGAGGCUUCAGCGGGGGCGACCGCGACGCAGAGCGAAACGGGGAUCGGCGCGAUCCCGGCCCGGGCCCGCGAGGCAGCGGCGUUGUGGGGUCGCGACGGGGCGCUGGAGCCUCAACUGUCUCUUCUGGUGCGCCCGUGACGGUCCUGUCGCCGCCGGCUCCGGGAGAGCCCCACGCGCGCCCUAUGCGCCCGAGGAUCCUGAAUCUCCCCUCGCGUAUCUCUUCUGGGCCGAACCUUGUUCGGGGAUCGUCCUUCUUUUCCCGUCCUGGCCGUGGCGGGGAACCUUCGCACUUCGAGGAAGAGUUCCUGGGCACUGGAGGCCCGAGCGGGAGCCCGAGCAGCUCCGGCGAGGGCCGCGCCCUGUUGGGCCCGGGGCCGCCCGCGGGGACGGCGAAGGCCCGCGGCGGGCCCCUGUUUGGCGGGCCCGAGAAGCGAGACAGAAGGCCCGGCUACGAAGGAGACAGGGGCGAUCCUCAGUGGGGCGAGACCCAUAAAGGCUCCGACCACGCUUCCUCGCGGCAUGCGUUUUCCUCCACCGGGCGACCCGUCUGGGGCGGCGGGCCUUUCCCCUAUGCAGGGGCAGAAGACGCGGGUGUCUCUUCUUCGGGCCCGUCGCUUCCUUUUGGGAGCGGCGCGGGCGACUUCCCCGCAAGACCUGCGGCGCCGCCCGUUCUGCUCCCUCCGCCGACCUCGUCCUUUUUCGACUCAUCGAAAGCGGGCUUCUCUGCCUAUGCUUCCGCCACGCCUUCCUCCUUCUCGUUUCCCUCUCGGGCGCUCGGCGACGGGGGCAACGGAGUCGGUGGAGCCCAACUAGCCGGAGACAGCGGAGACAGCAGCGCCCUGCUGCCGCUGCCGCCAAGACGAGGCGAAGGCUGGGGAGACGAAGAGAGAGAGCGAAGGCGAGGCGGAGGCGGGUCCGGUUCAGAUUCUUUCUUUUAUCAAAACGAAGACUCCGUCUCCUUUCGCAGGAGCACCAGUCGGGAGACUCUAGACAUGCACGGAGGGGGGGAAGGGGCGGUCCUCAGGCGGGGCGAAGGGGCGACCCUCAGGCCUGGAGGCGGGGCGUGGCACGGUGGCGAGAGAAGAAGCUCAGGAGAACUAGGCGGAGCAGGCUACCGCGCUUCGCAUCGAAGAAGAGACGAUUAA